GUCAGUCAGUUGAUUCCCGAUCUCCGUGCUUGUCUUUCGGUCGCUUACUAAUUAUAAUUAAAAAUUUAAUAUUUCACAUUAUUCAACAAACGUCUUAUUAAAUUAAAACUAUCGCUUUCUAUUAUUUUAGUUUUCAAAUAGACUCCAGUGGGCAUUGCUUUAAUGUUUUUAAAAAUUAAUUUUAUUUUUAUUUAACAGUUCAAUAACAAGUUGUUUUCGGAAAAUUUAAAGCAAACAUUAAAUUACAUAAUGUUUAGUGGAAUUUUGUAAAGUGUAUCAAAACUCUAUAAAGUCUUCAGCUUAUAAACAACCGAUCGUCUACGUACAAUGAGACCAUGGUUUGGCCUGUUGUGCCUAAGCAUUGUCACCUUGUGCGUGGGACAGCGUCAGCGUCCAAUAUAUAUGAAUCAAUUCGCCGUGCACAUACCAAAAGGCUCUGGCCAGGCUGAACAAAUUGCAGCCAAACAUGGUUUCAACAACAUAGGACAGAUCGGCAGUCUGGAGGGUUUUUACCUCUUCGAACACAAACACGUGCACAAACGGUCAAUGGACACCAGCGAUGUACAUCAUAAGAAACUCACAGACGAACCUGACGUGCAUUGGGUUCAGCAACAACAUGAAAAGAAGAGGCGAAAACGAGAUUUUCCUGGACCUAAUUUACCGGCCACUGUAUUUGCUGGUUCCACAGAUUUUUAUCAGCAACAAACAUCAGGUGGGCCACUAUCACAACUUACACAAGGACAACCAUUCAGACGUCUUGGUAACACUGUCCAUAAUGUAUUUCCUGAUCCACUUUUCAAGGAACAAUGGUACCUGAAUGGUGGUGCUCUGGACGGCUUCGACAUGAAUAUGGGUCCGGCUUGGCAAAAAGGGUAUACCGGCAAAAAUGUAGUCGUCUCAAUACUUGACGACGGUAUACAGACCAAUCAUCCCGAUUUGGCACACAAUUACGACCCAAGUGCUAGCACCGACAUAAACGAUAAUGAUGAUGACCCUAUGCCUCGGGACAAUGGCGACAACAAGCACGGGACGAGGUGCGCCGGUGAAGUAGCUGCCAUUGCAUUUAACCAGUAUUGCGGUAUCGGCGUGGCAUACAACGCCAGUAUUGGAGGAGUUAGGAUGUUAGAUGGUACAGUAAAUGAUGCUGUUGAAGCUCGCGCGUUGGGUUUGAACAUCAAUCAUAUAGAUAUAUACAGUGCUUCUUGGGGUCCAGAAGAUGAUGGUAAGACUGUUGACGGACCAGGGCCAUUGGCAAGACGAGCAUUCAUUUACGGAGUGACUUCGGGCCGUCACGGAAAAGGAUCUAUAUUUGUCUGGGCAUCUGGUAAUGGUGGACGACAUACUGAUUCUUGCAAUUGUGACGGAUACACAAACAGCAUUUUUACAUUGUCAAUAUCCAGCGCCACACAAGGAGGAUACAAACCGUGGUACCUUGAAGAAUGUUCAUCUACGCUAGCGACCACUUAUAGUUCUGGAACUCCAGGACACGACAAAAGCGUGGCCACCGUGGACAUGGAUGCCAAAUUACGACCCGAUCACAUUUGCACCGUCGAACAUACUGGAACAUCGGCUUCGGCUCCGCUAGCUGCUGGACUUUGCGCACUGACACUCGAAGCAAACCCUGCAUUGACAUGGCGUGAUAUGCAAUACAUUGUGGUGCUCACGUCCAAAUCGGCACCACUGGAACGAGAAGGAGGUUGGAUAUCCAACGGAGUGGGUCGUAAAGUGAGUCACAAAUUCGGGUACGGUCUGAUGGACGCGGGUGGGAUGGUGUCAUUGGCCGAACAGUGGACAACGGUGCCACCGCAACACAUUUGCAAGUCCCAAGAGAUCGCCGAAGAAAGGCAAAUCGACCCUACCCCGGGUAGCACGAUGACCGUUACCAUGGAGGUGGGUGGAUGCGCGGGCAGCCUGAACGAGGUACGAUUCGCCGAACACGUGCAGUGCAAGAUAUCUUUGCGGUUCUUCCCGCGUGGCAACCUGCGCAUCGACCUUACCUCGCCGCUGGGCACCACAUCCACGCUGCUGUUCGAACGACCACGGGACGUGGUCAGUUCCAACUUCGACGACUGGCCGUUCCUGUCCGUGCACUACUGGGGCGAGAAGGUGGAUGGCACGUGGACGAUGACCGUGCACAACGGCGGCAACCGUCACGUCAACCAGCCCGGCAUACUAAAGAAGUGGCAGCUGAUAUUCUACGGCACGGCCACCAACCCGAUACGGCUACGGUCGGCGCACUCGCAACCGUCACCGCCGUUUGCCAUAUCACAACAACAGCAACAGCAACUGCUUCUCCAGCCGUCCAAGGCCUCCACCGCCGGUUUCCCGUUCGCCCAGCUCGGCGGCGGAAACGGCAACGGGCAAGUGUCCGGCACCCCGUCCAUAUACCACUCGAGCAUCGCCGAAAUAUUGUCGCAGGCCGGUUUCCGGAACCUGCCCGACGUGUUCGCCGCCGCCGGAAGUGACAUCGAGACGUCAGUCACGUCCCUCACCAGCACGCGCUCAAACUCGCAGACCACCCCCGCCGAAAGGCCGAUUGAUGGACAGACGAUUUUGCACGAUUGCGACCCCGAGUGUGACGCUUUUGGCUGUUACGGCAAAGGUCCCACACAGUGCGUCGGCUGUCGAAACUUUAAACUCGACAACACUUGUGUCAGUCGUUGUCCACCCCGCAGUUUCCCGAACAAGGGCGGCGUGUGCUGGCCAUGCCACGAGUCGUGCGAGACCUGUGCUGGAGCUGGACAAGAUAGCUGUUUAACAUGCGCUCCCGCUCACCUGAGGGUUACCGAUUUAGCCGUUUGCUUGCAACAAUGCCCGGACGGAUACUUUGAAAAUACGGAAGAAGGCACUUGCGUCGCUUGCGGUCCAAACUGUGGAAGUUGUGAAGGUCGUCCCGACCAUUGUACUAGUUGCGAACAUCACCUGGUACUCCACGAUAAUCAGUGUUACGCAAACUGUCCAGUCAACACAUACGAGACCAACGAUUACCGAUGUGGCUCGUGCGAUUCCAAAUGCGAGUCGUGUACCGGACCCAAUGCCGACCAGUGUAUAACUUGCAAGUCGGGUUAUUUCGAACUCAAAGGAACAUGCCAUUCGAAAUGCCCAGACUUCUAUUAUCCGCACCAUAAACGACACGAAUGUUUAGACUGCCCCAUGGGCUGCGUCGCUUGCAAUUUGACCGAAUGUCACUCCUGCGACCAGGGUUUCACGUUGAACAAAAAAGGCCGAUGCUUAAAAACCGGCAGCCAACAAUGUCAAUCAGCAGGCCAGUUCUGGACUGGAACACAGUGUCAGUCGUGUCACGGGUCAUGUGAAACUUGCAGCGACUUCUCCAACGAAAACUGUCUGUCUUGUCGUUCGCCGACCAUGUUCCAGUCUCCGGGCUCGUGCGUGGAACAAUGUUCACCCGGGUUUUACCCGGACUUGCGAUUCGGCAACUAUGCUACGUGCCAACCGUGUCCGCAUCCGUGCAUCGAAUGUGUGUCGCGCACCAACUGUACAAUGUGUCACUCGCCUUUGCUGUUGCAGACCGGCCAAUGUCGUACGACAUGUGCCCCAGGAUAUUAUAGUGACGUGGGCUCGUGCGCCAAAUGUUAUCUGAGUUGUAUGACGUGCAGCGGACCCCGCAGGGACCAGUGCGUCAGUUGUCCACGCGGAUGGCAGUUGGCCGCCGGUGAAUGUCAUCCCGAGUGUCCGCAAGGUUUUUUCAUGUCGGACUUCGGUUGCCAGAAAUGCCACCAUUACUGCAAGACUUGCAAGGGUGAAGGCCCGCUGCAGUGUACGUCGUGUCCACCGCACUUCAUGCUCGAGGACGGCCUGUGCUCAGAGUGUUCGGGGUCGCAGUACUAUGACCCACCCACGCAGCUGUGCAAGCCGUGCCAUGCGUCGUGCCGCGCUUGCAAUGGACCUGGUCCGUUUAGCUGUUCGGCCUGCAUGUUCCCGCUGCACCUUGACCGGAAGAACACUCAGUGCGUGUCGUGUUGUGGACCGCGCCCGCAUGACGACUGCUGCAGCUGCAACUCGGACACCGGCGAGUGUCACAACUUGACGCCUGCCGAAAAGCGUCGGACAUCGGUAGACAACGAACUGGACAACUUGGCCGCGGUAGAGUCCGUCCGUCGCGAUCCGAUCGUUCAGCCACUCAGCAUUAAGGCCGACGCCACUUUAUUCGGUUACUUGGCCUUGGCCAUGUUUGCUUCCGGCCUGGUCGUAUUGUCCGUAGUAAUGGUGAAACGAAAGCAAAGAAAACAUUCGGGUUACGUGAAGUUGUUGCGGCCACAGGGUGACAUGCACUUGGAAGACAACGACAGCAGCACUGCACUGUUCGCCGAAACGUGACCAGCUCACUCGACACCACCAUCGAUACUCGACAACAACACGCCAGUCCACACGGCGUCUGAUCGGCUGCAGCAACAGUGUAGUUCGGCGGAAUGUAUAAUUUAGAACGAAAAAAAAACCAUAAGAAAACAACCCACAAACAAACAAACAAAAAAAUUAUGAUGAUGAUGAUAAUAUUAUUAUUAUUAUUAUUAUUAUUAUUAGUGCAUAAUGCGUCUGCUCGCUAUUUGUGUUUGAUCACUCUCUGUCAUAGCCAAACCUUAUAUACAUAAUACCCAAGUAUUUUCCAACGUCUUCUCUUCGUCGUCAUUGUUGUCGUCCUCUUCCUUCUCUACCACUUCGCACUCUUACUAAUUUUGUCUUUGCUGAAUCUCAAUAUUGACGAUAUCGUAUUAAAAUAUUAUUGUAUUAAUGUUAUUUGGCCGCUUGUUAAAUGGACAAACAAUUCAUUACAAUAGUGUUAUUAAUUUUAGUUUUGGCAUAAGUUCCUUUUCUAAUGUAAUCGUCUUGAACCAUAUUUCUUUUACAUUCCAUUUUUUUUUGUUUUUUAUUUACUUUAAAACCAAUGCUCUCAUAUCAAAGCAGAACAAAUUACUAAAUUCCAACAUGAAUAUAUUAUUAUUAUUAUACACAUGUUUUUGCAUAAAAUAUAUGCCAACUCGAGUCGAGUGCAUCAAAACUUUUUGUUGUGGUAGUAUUGCCUCACAAGUCUUAGAUUACCUACCUCUAAGUUAAUUUUUUUUAAGCAUAUAAGUUACGAUCAAUAUGCAGAAUAAAAAUAAAUAUAAGUUAAACUAAUUGAAAUAUUCACAUUCCAUAUAGGCUAUAAUAGACAUUUGUUUGCUGCUCGCGAUAGUAUUCUAUGUUUGUUUUAAUUACCCUAUCGUUAUAAUCCAUAAUAACUAUUUACAUAAAAUGUAUCAAGGAUAAAAUCACCAUGUGUUUUAUUUAAGUAUUAUUGUUUUGAUUUGUUUGUAUAAUGUUGUUAUUAUAAAUUAUAAUUAUAUCAAUCGCAA